AUGGCAGGUUACCAACAACCCACAGCGGAUACAGUAGCUCAAAUCAAGCAUUGCUACCAGGCGUACCGGCACACCGAAGACAUCGAUCGCAAAGGAUUCUUCUUCUCUCCAGACUGCAUGCAAAUAUGCCGACCAGCGCCUUCCUACGCGACGACCAGUCGUGAUGGGAUCGUGCAGUAUCUCCGAGACGCACAACAAGGGAAGAUACCAGUAGAUAUACUUGGGUCGUCUCCGACUCAUAUCUCAGACGUCUCUGAUCACUAUGAAACGGGAUCGGGGCCGAAAAAGCCAGUGCAAGGCCGAAGCGUCUACAUUAUACGCCCUUUGCAACCCUGCGAGUUCGAAUUCGGCUCAGACGACAUCGUUGCGCCUAUUGGUUUGACCGUAGAACAGCUGAAGUUGAAAGCUGUCCAGGAGAAAUGGGUUGGUAUGCGUGUCAACCUGUGGAACGAAGGAGGAGAAGGAAGUCUUUUGGUCAAGGUUCAAUACUGGUGGCGCUUAGAAGAAAUUGCGAACCAUGACCAGAUGGUGGGCGAUUCUCCAGGAACGGGGUGGAAGCAGUGCUUGCAUGACAUCAUGUUCCUUGGUCCCAAGAACGGAACAGAAAACGACGAAGGGCUGGAAAUUUUAGAAUAA